GCGAUAAGCCGGGGCCGUUGGUUGGGGAAAUUCAAUCUUGGCAAAACGCAAACCAACCGCAAUAAAUUAGUCGCGACCACCUCGUCUUCUCUCCGGGUUGCCUUUCUCGUAUACACUCCCUCUCAAUCUCACCUCCCUUUCAUCUCUCUCUCUACCCCUUUUACCAGAAACAAACAAAAAAAAGAGAGAAAAAGAAGAAAAGGAAAGGAAAAAAAGAAAGGCAAAAUGGCCUUCCGAACCGGGUCCUUCGCGACCUUCCUCAUUGUCUGCCCAACGGCCUUCUUCCUCGGAAUCAUCUUCUCCCUCCUUCCCUAUGACUACCCAAUCCUCUGGUCCAACCACCCCACCCCCCCAACCCACUACGACUACUUCGAAGCUCACCUCCGCUUCCUCCACGCCUCGCCGCCGCUAAUCCCCCGUAUCCUCCACAUCGUCAUCUUCCUCGGCCUUCUCGGUCUCAUCCUGAAACUCUAUAAGCCCUCCGAGUCUAAUAUGCUCUUUGAUGGCGCGUCGCUGGUGCUCUAUAUGUGUGGUAUUACGGUGUACAUUGCGAAUAUCGUCAAGGGGUUGAGGUUGGUGAGUGCUGGCAAGUAUGGCGAGGAUUUGGCCAAUAAUGAGGAGGAGAAGGGCCAGAUUUUGGGACGGGAGGAUUCGUUGAAGGUUUUGGCGGCUAGUAAUACGAUUCUGGCGCUGGUGUUGAUUGGGGUGUUGGUUUUACAGGCGGGGCAGUGGUAUGCGGAACGCAAGGAUGCGCAGGAGGUCGAGGAUAUGCAGGGGAAGAAGACUUCUUCUUCUUCUUCCUCUUCUUCUGCUGCUGCUGCUGGGCAAGGGGAGGCUGAGGGGGUUAGUUCCGGGGUGACGAAGGGGAAGGGUGGGGCUAAGAAGAGGAAUUGAGUCUUGUUAGGUGGGGUUUGUGAUGGUGGUUUGGUGGUUGUGAUGGAUGGGUGGGGUUGGGUUGUGAGUGUGUGUGAGUUAUAGGAAAUUCUUCUUUACUUUACUUUACUUUACUUUUAUACUGUGUGUUGGGUGGUAUGUGCGGCCGGGCUUGGGUGAGAUAUAUCUGUUUUGAUAUUUGUGGGUCAUGGUAAAAGUGCUCGCAUAGUAGUAUAUCCUCUGUACUACUACUAUCUGUCUAUGUACACAUACUGUCUCGUUUCACGAUCGUCACACGCUGUAGGGGAA